AAUUCAUUAGUCAAAAAGAUUCAAGUCAUAGUAUACAAACACUAAAAGAUUCUCAGAAGAGUGACUUGAAUACAUACCGGGGAGAAAUGCUAAAUCAAGAACAAUUAAGUGAAUUAAGUAAAAUACAAAAUCAAUUCUUUUCCGAUAUUGAUGAAACUGAAGAAUUUAAUGAAGCCCUGAAUCUAUAUGUAAAGCCACAAGGAAAGUGGGAUGUGUCAAUUAUAAAAUCAGUAGGUAAUAAAAAGGAAAUGGUUUCCGAAGUUAGAAAUGGAGAUGUCGAAAAAGUAGUUGAUGGCUUUUUAGAAUCAAGGGAUAAACUCUCCUCAGAUGAUCUAGAGAUUCUAGCCAAUGAACUUUUGAAUUCAAAUGAUAAAACAUCUUUAAUAAAUAAAGUUAACAGCAUUUUUGCAUCGGAAAAUCAAUUAACUUUGGAAGACGAAGCGGUUCUAGACAUGGCAGCAAAUCAAUUUUUGUAUUUAAAUUCUAAGAAUACAUUGAAGAUUUUAAAGAUAUUUCUUAAACUGGAAUCAAUGAAUUAUCUAGUAUUAAAAGAUAAAGAAAAAUUUGAAAAUGCGUGUAGUAAAUUACUGGAUUUAAACGCCAAGAAAAUUCUAGAAACAGCAGUUAAUAACAUCCUGGCCUCGAAGUGUAAAAAAGUACUAUUAAUAUUAGGUGAGGGAGGAACGGGUAAAUCGACUUUUAACCGUUAUCUUGCUCGUCGUCUGUGGGAAGAGUAUGACCUAUCGAAUAUGACGCAACCAAUUCCUUUAUUUAUAGCAUUAGCGCAAUUGAAAGUAGGAAUGAUAAAUCGAAAUCAGGAUUUUAUUGAAAUUUAUUUAGAAAAAAAAUAUAAAUUAUCCCCGGAAACUAUUGAUGUUUUACGUAAAAGAAAGUUUGUAUUUAUUUUAGACGGAUAUGAUGAGAUUUCCGAACGUGAACGUCAGUGCUACGAAAGCAACAAAUUUAAUGAAUGGAAAAAUGCGAAAACUGAAAUACGACAAUAUAUCAUGAAAUAUACUGAAGAUAAACAAAAUAAAGGACAUUUUCAAGAAUGGGAUGCAGACACGUAUAUACAGACAAUAGAGAAGAUUCCGCAAAUAGAAGAGAUGGUUAGCAAUCCUAUUUUAUUAAAGAUUACUUUGACUGUCUUACCGGACCUUGUUAAGCAAGAGGGAACAAUAGACCGUCAAAUAAAUCGUAUAGUUUUAUAUGACAAAUUUUUUGAGACAUGGUUUAGCCGUGCACAAAAUCGCCUGUUAAACAUUCAACUAAAUGAUAAGGAAACAGAAGC